GAUUAUGAUUCAUGUCGAAGAUAAGAAUAUAAAUAGUGUGAAGAGAAGCUGCACCAUCACAUCCAGCAGCACCGGAGCGGACAGAUCCUCUCACUCAGUUUUCAGAUCUAUAUCAAGAUGAUGGGCAGCAGAGUUAUGGUUUCUGUGUUUAUGCUAGCAUUUUCUGUGAUAUUUGUGGAAAGGUUGGAUGCCAUGAUCCUUCGGCCUGUGAAUUGCCCGGCCAAUCAAGAACCAGGCUGCCGACCAUGCUGGGGAGGAACAUGUCAAAGUUUAAGCAAUUAUCAACAGUUGUCCUGCACAAGUCAAUGUAAUCCCGGUUGUGUCUGCAAAAAAGACUAUUAUCUCCAGAAUAACAAGUGUGUCUACGUGUCCGAGUGCAACGUUCAGUGCCCAGCAAACAUGGUGUUUAACCCCUGUGUGAAAAAGACCAUCACCUGCAAAACACUAAACAGCGGUGCAAAAGAGUACGAUGAGUGUAAACCUCGCUGCCAGUGUGUAGAGGGUUAUAUAUUCUCUGGUCAGAAGCCCCAGGACUGUAUCAAGAUGAGCGAAUGUCAGAACCAGACAAAUGUCUCUUAA